AUGAGUGACGCUGCAGAGAUCCUAAAAUCAGUCAAGAUGGGUUUAAAUGUCGUCAUAUUUCUUCUGAACACUGAUCGAGGCCUACAAGCGACUGAGUUAUGCAAUGAAUGUGUAAUUCUACUUCAAAACCUUGACUCUGGUAGUCACCUUGAUAUCUCCGAUGUACUAUUCAAUGCGUAUUACGCCAUCUCUGGUUACGCAGAUGCAGAAAGACAUGCCACCAAACUUCUUGACACAUUUAACCAUGCUUGGAGACUAAACAUAAAACUGGCAGACAAAUAUGAAGCACAAAGCCGGUUUGUGGAGGCCAAGCAACUCUUUAAAUGCGCACUCACCAUCGUGAAAACAAUUGGUCCCAAAAGAGAAGAAGGACUGGCUCAUAGCAGACUUGGAAAUGUCUGUGCUACACUCAGUAAAUAUCAGAAGGCUAAAGAAUAUCACGAGAAAGCACUUGCCAUCGCGAUAGAAAUUGGCGACAGAAGCACAGAAGGAACAGCAUACGGGAACCUCGGAAGUGUGUUUUAUUCCCUUGGCGAAUAUCAGAAUGCUAAAGAAUAUCACGAGAAAGCACUUGCCAUCGCGAUAGAAAUUGGCGACAGAAGCACAGAAGGAACAGCAUACGGGAACCUCGGAAGUGUGUUUAAUUCCCUUGGCGAAUAUCAGAAUGCUAAAGAAUAUCACGAGAAAGCACUUGCCAUCGCGAUAGAAAUUGGCGACAGAAGCACAGAAGGAACAACAUACGGGAACCUCGGAAGUGUGUUUUAUUCCCUUGGCGAAUAUCAGAAUGCUAAAGAAUAUCACGAGAAAGCACUUGCCAUCGAGAUAGAAAUUGGCGACAGAAGAGGAGAAGGAGCAAAAUACGUGAACCUCGGAAAUGUGUUUUAUUCCCUUGGCGAAUAUCAGAAUGCUAAAGAAUAUCACGAGAAAGCACUUGCCAUCGCGAUAGAAAUUGGCGACAGAAGCACAGAAGGAACAACAUACGGGAACCUCGGAAGUGUGUUUUAUUCCCUUGGCGAAUAUCAGAAUGCUAAAGAAUAUCACGAGAAAGCACUUGCCAUCGAUAUAGAAAUUGGCAACAGAAGAGGAGAAGGAGCAAGAUACGUGAACCUCGGAAAUGUGUUUUAUUCCCUUGGCGAAUAUCAGAAUGCUAAAGAAUAUCACAAGAAAGCACUUGCCAUCGCGAUAGAAAUUGGCGACAGAAGAGGAGAAGGAACAACAUACGGGAACCUCGGAAAUGUGUUUUAUUCCCUUGGCGAAUAUCAGAAUGCUAAAGAAUAUUACGAGAAAGCACUUGCCAUCGCGAUAGAAAUUGGCGACAGAAGAGGAAAAGGAGCAAGAUACGUGAACCUCGGAACUGUGUUUUCUACCCUUGGCGAAUAUCAGAAUGCUAAAGAAUAUUACGAGAAAGCACUUGCCAUCGCGAUAGAAAUUGGCGACAGAAGCACAGAAGGAACAACAUACGGGAACCUCGGAAAUGUGUUUGAUUCCCUCGGCGAAUAUCAGAAUGCUAAAGAAUACCACGAGAAAGCACUUGCCAUCGCGAUAGAAAUUGGCGACAGAAGCACAGUAGGAUCAGUAUACGGGAACCUCGGAAAUGUGUUUUCUUCCCUUGGAGAAUAUCAGAAUGCUAAAGAAUAUUGCGAGAAAGCACUUGCCAUCGCGAUAGAAAUUGGCGACAGAAGAGGAGAAGGAGCAGGAUACAAGAUCCUCGGAAAUGUGUUUGAUUACCUUAGCGAAUAUCAGAAUGCUAAAGAAUAUCACGAGAAAGCACUUGCCAUCGCGAUAGAAAUUGGCGACAGAAGCACAGUAGGAACAGUAUACGGGAACCUCGGAAAUGUGUUUUAUUCCCUUGGCGAAUAUCAGAGUGCUAAAGAAUAUCACGAGAAAGCCCUUGCCAUCAAGAUAGAAAUUGGCGACAGAAGAGGAGAAGGAGCAAGAUACGUGAACCUCGGAAAUGUGUUUGAUUCCCUUGGCGAAUAUCAGAAUGCUAAAGAAUAUUACGAGAAAGCACUUGCCAUCGCGAUAGAAAUUGGCGACAGAAGCACAGAAGGAACAGCAUACGGGAACCUCGGAAGUGUGUUUUAUUCCCUUGGCGAAUAUCAGAAUGCUAAAGAAUAUCACGAGAAAGCACUUGCCAUCGCGAUAGAAAUUGGCGACAGAAGAGGAGAAGGAACAACAUACGGGAACCUCGGAAAUGUGUUUUAUUCCCUUGGCGAAUAUCAGAAUGCUAAAGAAUAUCACGAGAAAGCACUUGCCAUCGCGAUAGAAAUUGGCGACAGAAGAGGAGAAGGAACAACAUACGGGAACCUCGGAAAUGUGUUUUAUUCCCUUGGCGAAUAUCAGAAUGCUAAAGAAUACCACGAGAAAGCACUUGCCAUCGCGAUAGAAAUUGGCGACAGAAGCACAGAAGGAACAACAUACGGGAACCUCGGAAAUGUGUUUUAUUCCCUUGGCGAAUAUCAGAAUGCUAAAGAAUACCACGAGAAAGCACUUGCCAUCGCGAUAGAAAUUGGCGACAGAAGAGGAGAAGGAGUAAGAUACGGGAACCUCGGAAGUGUGUUUCAUUCCCUUGGCGAAUAUCAGAAUGCUAAAGAAUACCACGAGAAAGCACUUGCCAUCGCGAUAGAAAUUGGCGACAGAAGAGGAGAAGGAGUAAGAUACAGGAAACUCGGAAGUGUGUUUUAUUCCCUUGGCGAAUAUCAGAAUGCUAAAGAAUACUACGAGAAAGCACUUGCCAUCGCGAUAGAAAUUGGCGACAGAGGAAGUGAAGGUUUGGCAUACUUCAACCUUGGAAUGGUGUUCUGGAAUCUUAAAAAAAAUCGGCAAGCUAAAGAACAUUUGGACAAAGCAGUCGGCGUCAGUAUUGCAAUUGGUAACAGAGAGCUUGAAGCCAGAGCUACUGUGAGUUUGGGACAUGUCUUUGAUUCUGUAAAUGACAGUCAGAAGGCAAAAGAACAUUGUGAGAAGGCGCUUACAAUCAACAGAGAAUGUGGCAAUAGAGAGUGCGAAGCACAAGUAUACCUAAGCGUUGGACGUCUAUUCCAAUCUUUUGAUGAAUAUGAUAAGGCAGCAUAUUAUUUACAGAAAGCUUGUUCCAUAAGCAGCGAAAUUGGACACAAAAUGACUGAGUUUCAAAGCCUUCUCCAUAUUACAGAGUUAAAGAUAUCGCAGUUCGAGGUUGUGGAGGCAUUGGAAUAUCUUUUCCAAGGUAUUGAAAAAUAUGAACAAAUAAGAACUCUUCAGAAAGGAAACAGUGGAUUUGAAAUUUCUCUGUUGGAGCAUCGCGGUACUUUUCCCUACAAGUUACUCACUCACCUCCUUUGUGAUACUGGAAAAUUUCAAGAUGCUCUCUAUGUUGAGGAGCUGGGACGAGCAAGAGUCCUCGCACAACUCAUGGCAGACAAGUACUCCUCUGAAAGCCACAUCUCAGCUGAUCCACGAUCAUGGUUCGGGAUUGAAAACAUCGCGAGAAGAGAAAGUAACUGUGUUUUUUUGUACAUUUCGUAUGAAGAUCGGCAAGUUCUUCUCUGGGUAUUGAAAGCAAAUGGAGACAUUUUCUUUCGAAAAACAGACCAAGUGAAAAUAGACACUCUUAUAGCUGAGCAAGUUUGUGAAGUGGAAGGAGUUUUCAAAAAGAGCGCCAAAUGCUUUGGUGUUUUACCCGCAGCGAACUGCGAAGACCGAUCGCUGGAUGACAAGGUGACGACAUCUCUUCAUGAAGAGAGCCAAGCAAAUUUGCGAGGUGACGAAACCAAAGGUACCGGACGAAGUCAUUAUUUGUGCUACGAAUGGAUCGUCGCACCUGUGGCAGAUUUACUCACAGAGCCCGAAAUCAUCAUUGUACCGGAUCGUUUCUCGUAUCGAGUCCCAUUUGCUGCCUUGCGUGAUGAACAAGCCGGAAAGUAUUUAUCGGAGAAGUACAGAAUACGCAUCGUCCCUUCACUGACAACUCUCCGGCUCAUUCAAGAAUCUCCAGCAGACUAUCACAGUCAAACUGGCGGACUGAUUGUGGGUGAUCCUACGGUUGGCAAAGUGCAAUACAAUGGACGUCUCAUUGACAUUCAACCAUUGUUCUGUGCAAGUAAGGAAGCAGAGAUGGUUGGCCAACUGCUGGGAGUUCAGCCUUUACUGGGAAGUCGCGCAACAAAGCAGGCGGUUCUUCAAGAAAUACCUUCAGUGAGUCUGAUACAUCUUGCCGCACAUGGAGAUCCCGAAAGAGGAGAGAUUGCCCUCUCUCCUCAAUGUACUACUAACAGUACUCCACAAGAGGAAGACUACCUCCUGACAAUGUCCGACAUUGAAGGAGUUCAAGUACGAGCUAAACUGGUAGUACUCAGCUGUUGUCACAGUGGGCGUGGAUUGGUUAAAAAAGAAGGAGUUAUUGGAAUCGCUCGGGCAUUCUUAGCAUCUGGUGCACGUUCAGUGUUGGUAGCAUCGUGGGCUAUAGAAGACAAAGCAACGGCGAAGCUCAUGAAACAUUUCUAUAAACACCUUGUGCGUGGAGAAAGUGCCAGUGAAUCUCUUCACCAGGCCGUUCAAUGGUUGAGAAGCAAUGGAUUCUCCAAACCUUCCCAAUGGGCUCCGUUUGUGUUGAUGGGGGAUAACGUGACAUUUGAUUUUAUGAAAAAAGGGUAAGUCUGAUUAGAAUGAGCAAUUUUCUAUAAUAAAUAACAAUAAAUCGACAAUCUUAAAGUCACUUUCGUAUCAAGCAUGGUAUUUUCGACAAGUUUGGACAAUCAUGGCCGAUGGCAUUGAAGAAGAAAGUAAUUUAUUUAAUUGGAAAUCUGUCCUGUUUACUUUAAAGAUGAAAUAGCGACAAAUUUUUAUAAUGUUUUUUUUAGGAAAGAAGAACUCGAGGAGGACAACAACGAGGCGGAGAAGAAACAGAGUGACUACUGAUCCUACACAAAGAUUCUUCUUCCUAAACAUUGUCGUUCAAUGAACACUGGUAUUACUUUGCGAAGACAUUUUCAAUUUUUUUAUUUAGUCAAGUAGUAGAUGUUGGGUGCUUUUGUAGACAGGACUUAAUCGAAAAUGCGAAAACUGAACGCAGGAAAUUAGCUUAAUGUAAAAAAAUGUAAGAAUGUGGCAAAGUUUCGUCAAAACUCAAAAUUAAUCCUUGAUUUAAAUCAUUAUCAGGUUCUGUUUUCAAUUCUCCCGCUGCACGCACACGUGAUCAUUAAAGAGUGAUUAAGACUGUUCACAGGUGCAGGAGAUGAUAACAUAACAAACUAACGGAAGAGGGAACAAAAAGUGCCGAGACACUGAAGACACAAUCAAAAAAAAAGAGAAGGUGAUUGUGUAAAAAUCAGACAGAGAAGAGAAAAAUGCUUGAGAAUUACCGCAAAAAUCAAACAGUGUUGAGAACAGGGCGCUACAUGUUAAUCUAAAAGUGAAGUGGAGAAGAGAACAAACAGAGUACAAUAUACUAAAAGAAAAGUAUUAACAAAUAGAGAAGAAGAGAAACGGUGAGCGAAUUAUUGAGAUAAAAUUAGGAGAAAACAUUGCGCGAGAUACUAACGUCAAACAGAAGAGUGCGAACAGUUCGUAGGAUAUGAACGUGACAAUCAGCCAGAACUAACCCUUUAACUCCCAAGAUCUCAUAGUAUUUCUCCCUACUGUCUGCCAUAAAAUACUCAUGAUUUCAAUUUGGAGAAUUUGGUAUUGGAUCAGCCCGUAGUUCCCUAAUCGAGUUUUCUUCUUUAUUCUCCUCACUUGUCUGCUUGAUUCUGUGUUGAUAUUGUGAGGAGAAAUUCUGUCUUGGUCACUCAUGGGAGUUAAAGGGUUAAGGAAAAGAACAGAGGGCUCGAUUCUAAUAUAGGAAAGAAAUUUAAGUUAAAACAAACAGUGAAGUAGAUAUUAAUUAGGAAAUCAAAUCGGAGGAGAGAACGAGCUAUGCACAAGAUUCAACUGAACAAAACUACCAAACAGAGCAGUAAAAAAAACCAGUUCUCAAUAUAAUCGAAACAAUCAAAGUAAAAAGAAGAAACAGUGGACUGGACAAACAGUAAAAUCAUAGGCAUGCAAUGCAUGCAAUACAUGCAAGAGUUGUUUUUAAGGCUGGAUGAGUUAAGGUGUGACACUGUG